CCUACGUGAUUAGCUAUUUUGACUUCAGCACUUUAUUAUGUGUACGAAUAAGCAAAUUUCGUCAACCUAUCUAGUUUACACUUGUCUCUGGUUUACACGAACUUCUUGUUCAAUAGUUAUCAGUUGGAUUGAGUAAAGGUUAAGUGUGCACCCUCAACUUCAAAUCUGUUACUAUGAACCCAACUGUCUUGUCCGUUUCAAAUGUCAAUGAGAGCUGUAUGCCAAGCAAUAUCUCAGGAUCUUUUGUACUUUUCCAAAGAAAUUCUAGUCAGGCUGUAGCACACAAUGACUGUAGCCCUGGUGUGAAAGACCUUGUUGAAUUACCCAAGUCAGAAUCUUUUCAAUCCAACACUGAUGAGGAAAUUCAGGAGAAAAUUUUCAAAGCUGCUCUUCCUUUUGUAAAUACGCAUGGCUGGUCUAAAAGCGCUAUCACAGCUGGUGCUGAAGCUGUUGGUUAUCCUGGCAUAGUUCACGGUAUGUUUCCUCGAGGAGGAGCAAACCUAGUUGAAUAUUUUUAUAGUACCUGUAAUAGGGAGUUGGCGCUUAAAAUGAAGCUUGAGACUGAAGGAGCUGCUGCAGAAAAUAAAAAGAAGGACCCUCAAGUUUUUGUGGCUGAAGCAAUCGAAGCUCGACUGCGAAUGAUAAUCCCAUACUUGCCUAAAUGGCCUCAGGCCCUAGCAAUUAUGGCACUCCCACCAAAUGCUCCUCACUCCAUUCAAAAUCUUAUGAUGUUAGCUGAUGAUAUCUGCUAUUACUCUGGUGAUCGCUCUGUUGAUGUUACAUGGUAUGCAAAACGUCUUGGAGUUGGCAGUAUUUACAAAGUGACAGAAUUGUAUUUUUUGCAAGAUACAUCCCCUGAUUAUCAGAAUACUUGGCAUUUUCUCAAUCGCCGGAUAGAGGAUGCUGUCCAACUACACACUGUUUUGAUGAAAUCUGAGUCAGCCUCAACCUUAGCGAAGGAUGUAGCAAAUGUAACUUUCACAACUGUACGAAAUAUGCUGGGCUUGAAUUGGAACAGAUAAUCCUUCAUUUGGCUUUUAGUCCCACUUUUACUCUCUGUAUUUGUCGUGCAUUUCGUCCAUUAUUUCACUCUACUGUUAUUUGUGUUCUGUUUUUUGUUCAGAGUAGUAAUCAGUUUUAGAUACUGCUGUGUUGUUAUCUUGUAAAAUUUGUAAAGAAAUAUGAAAAUAGAAUUUGGGAAAUUGAUCGUAGAAA